AUGAACCCAAUAAUAUCGAAUGAGCUCCUCAUAUCGCUAGUUCAAUUUGAACCAGCUGUGUGGGACCAGAGAUCCGAAGUGCAUAGAAGGAACGGCGCCGGGCUCAACGCCUGGAAAAGGAUAGUGCAAGCGCUAGGCCUCAUCGUAUCGCAAGAGAACAUCGACCUGAUUGUGCGCCGCUGGCGGAAUCUGCGCGACACAUUUGCCAAAAAGGUAAAAGAGUUGGCAAAGAAGAGCGGAGCUGGAUCGGGAGAACCUGCUUCGAAAUGGAAAUAUUUCGACCUUUUGCUGUUCUUGAGGGACAUUGUAGAACCACACCCAACGACAAGCAACCUGGAUGAUGGUCCAAAUUCACUUGACGAGGUCCUUAGGGACACUGAAGAUGACCCGUCAGGGCUAUUUGCUUCCAUGCUGCCCCACCAUGGUGCCAGCAGUGAGGAGACCACGGACAUUGAACUCCCACACGAAGACAUAACACAAACACGAUAA